GGAAUAUCCGCAAACGCCAUAGCAUCUCGGCGAUUUCGAUAUCGAAACACGCCGAUCCGAUAUUCUAUCUAUCACAAGUGUUUGAUUGUAGUAAGUACAAACUUUAUACUCCUAAAAUACAAAAGAUCCCUUAAAGUUUACCACUUUUGAUCUACUAUUCUGUUUAUUUAGAUAGUAAAAACAUCGCAAUUCGAAGUUGCGAACGCGACGCCGUAUGACGCCAUUUUGGAAUAAAACAAUCCGGCGAGCUAUGACAGUGUUUAUUAUCGCCAAACCAGAAAUUAGUUAAUACAAGUGGUCAAAGGUUGCCACACUUGUAUUCCAUUAAGUAAUUCGCGUUUACAGAUCCACAAUGGACGUAAUGGACUUGGAAAUUGAAAAGCAACUUGCUGAACAGCGGGCCGCUGCAUCGUCGAAUGGAGACACUCGAGGUGGAUCAAAAGAAAGGGACAGAGAACGAGAUAGAGACAGAGACAGAGACCGAGACCGAGAUAGAGAAAGACGCCGAGAUGAAUCAAAUAGUAAAGCUGAACGCAAGAGAUCGAGAUCUAAAGAUAGAGAAAGAAGACGUCGAUCCAGAUCAAGAGAGAGAAAAAAGCGAUCGCGUUCCCGUGACAAACGAAAGUCUCGUUCACAAUCUAGAUCACGUCGUCGAAAAUCAAGAUCCAAAUCUAGAGACAGAGGUGAGAGAGAAGAAAAACGCAGGAAGAAGCCGUACAAAUAUUGGGAUAAACCACCAGCAGGAUUUGAACACAUAACGCCCAUGCAGUAUAAAGCCAUGCAAGCGGCUGGACAGAUUCCAGCAAUUAAUUUGAACGUUCCUUCAGCACCAAUGACGAUGCACACUACUAUACCUUUUGCUGGUAAUGCUGUCAGUCGUCAAGCAAGGCGUUUAUACAUUGGAAACAUUCCUUUCGGCGUGACAGAAGAAAUGAUGAUGGACUUUUUCAAUACGCAAAUGAAGAUGGCUGGCUUAGCUCAGGCGGAAGGAAAUCCUGUUAUUGCCUGUCAAGUUAACUUGGACAAGAACUUUGCAUUCUUAGAAUUACGGUCAGUAGACGAGUGUACCCAAGUGACUGCCCUUGACGGAAUCAACUUUAUGGGACAAUCUUUAAAGAUAAGACGUCCCAAAGACUACCAAUCAGUUCCAGGCGCUUUAGAUCCGUUAGGAAAUCUAGCUUUAGCUGGAAUGGUCUCGAAUGUCGUCCAGGAAUCACCGCAUAAGAUAUUCGUUGGUGGAUUACCUAAUUACCUGAAUGAAGAUCAGGUUAAGGAACUUCUUUUGUCGUUCGGAGAACUAAAAUCGUUCAACUUGGUGAAAGAUACAGCCACUGGAUUAUCAAAGGGAUAUGCUUUCUGUGAAUAUGCCGACCCCUUAAUUACAGAUCAAGCAUGUGCCGGUCUGAACGGAAUGCAACUUGGUGAUAAGAAGUUAAUCGUUCAGCGUGCAUCUGUAGGAGCUAAAGCAAUGUCAUCUUCAAUGCCUCAGGCUCCUGUCACUAUUCAAGUACCAGGAUUAGAUGUAACAGCUGUUCAAGCUGCAGGAGUAGCUCACCCAACAGAAGUACUGUGCUUGAUGAAUAUGGUUACUCCAGAAGAACUUCAGGACGACGAUGAAUAUGAAGAUAUUUUGGAUGACGUAAGAGAAGAGUGUGGUAAGUAUGGACAGGUAAAAUCUCUGGAAAUACCUCGACCUAUCCAAGGUGUUGAGGUGCCUGGAUGUGGCAAAAUAUUUGUUGAAUUUUCAUCCACUGUGGAUUGUCAGAAGGCACAACAAGCUCUAACUGGUAGAAAAUUUGCUAAUCGCGUUGUAGUUACUGCUUAUUUCGAUUUGGAUAAAUAUCAUAGGCGAGAGUUUUAA